AUGGCGAAUCAGGGCGCUAAGAAACGCAAGGAAGAGAACGCUCGUCACAUGGCUAGGCUCCGCCACGUCAUUAUCGCCUGCAACGUUAUCUAUGUGUUGAUAAGAAUGUUGGUGUUCCAUUCGAGUUUCACCUGGAAGCACUGGAUUGGGUUGAUUUUGACUUCUUUGGCAUAUGUUAUUCCUUAUCAACAGCUCGCGAAGAUGGCAACUCCUGCUUACGCAGAAGAUGGUGAACUCUUAGAUGGUGGGUUUGAUAUGUCUACUGGUGGAGUUUGUGGAUAUUUGCACGAUGUUAUCUACAUAACAUGUUUUGUGCAAGUCAUGUCCAUUGUCUCUGGAAAGUUCUGGUAUACGUAUCUUGUGAUUCCGUCUUUUGGAGCAUACAAGUCUUUUGGCUUCAUUAAAGGAUUUUUGCCACAAGGUUCAGAGGAAUCGUUUGAAGAUGAAAAGACCCGUAAGAAGAGGGAAAAAAUGGAGAAGAAGGCAUCGAGACCCAAGUUUGUCAAGACAAGAACUAGGUAG